AUGGUCAAUCUUGAGCAGGUGAGGGACAGAAUGGAAGCUGAGAAAGCAAACUUGUGCCAGAAAAUGAAAAUAAGUACAUUAGGAUUUGAGUGGAGUUUAGAAAGAGAAAGCUGCACAAAUGAUGGGGAUGUCUUGGAAGGCCUCCAGCCUCAUUCAAACAUUAGAAGCUUAGAGAUUUGGAACUAUAUGGGUGAAAAAUUCCCAGUAUGGCUGCUAUUGAUGAAAAUUCCUUCUCAUGGUAAUACUUUGCUGUUCAAUAACUUGGAAAGGCUAUGCUUGAAAAAAUGCAACAGAUGUGAAGAAAUCCCAUCACUGGGCCAUCUUCCUUGUCUUAAAAUUCUUGAGGUAGUUGGAAUGGAAACUGUUAGGUGUAUAGGCAAUUCCUUUUACAGCAGAGAGGGGGAAAGAACCAGUGGAUGGAAGGAGACAAUGCCACUGUUUCCAGCAUUAAAAGUUCUCUACCUGGGUAAUAUGGAGUCUCUGGUUGAAUGGAUGGCACCUGUAGCUGGGGGAGGAUGUGAUACAGUAGCAUUUCCUUGCCUUGAAGAGCUAUCCAUUGAGAGGUGUCACCGGUUGGAAACUAUUCCAAUAAGUCAUUUUUCAUCACUUGUACAACUCAGAAUCAAUGGUUGUGAUGAAUUAAGUAACUUAUCCGAUGAACUGAAGGCAUUUACAUCUCUUAAAUAUUUAACAGUAUCUAAUUGCCGUAAUCUGGCUUCCUUCCCCAACUUACAGUGCCUUACAUCUCUCAAACAACUGCGAAUUGAAUUCUGUGAUAAAGUAACGUCUUUUCCGAGAGGGCUACAAUCCUGCACAUCUCUGGAGCAAUUGGUUAUUCGGCAGUGCCAAGAGCUGAUUUCCGUACCCCGAGACUUGCAAGGCAUGUGUUCUCUUGUUCUUUUGCAAAUAACAGAAUGUCCAUCUUUGACUUAUUUUGCAGAGGACAGCUUGUGCUGCCUCACCCGGUUGAAGCGACUGAUAAUUGGUCCAUUCUCCAAGGAGUUGGAAACUUUCCCAGGUUUGACUUCGCUUCCAGCCCUCCACACCUCCCUCGAAAGCGUAUGCAUAAAAGGGUGGGAAAGAAUAAAGUGUCUGCCAGAUCAACUUCAGCACCUGACUGCCCUUAAAUUGUUGAAGAUAGUUGAUUUCAGUGGAGUGAAAGCUUUUCCAGAUUGGUUAGGCAGCCUUUCAUCUCUUCGACGGCUCGCAAUUUUCAGAUGUAAGAAUCUGAUGUGUCUACCAGUAUCCUUGCAACGGCUCUCCAAUUUAAGAACAUUGACCAUUUAUGGUUGUCCUCUUUAUGAGAGAAGUUAUGACAGGAAGAGUGUCCCUGAGUGGUCCAAGAUUUCCCAUAUCCCACAAGUGUGUAUAUUUGAGUCCUAG